AUGCAAUCCACCAGCCACCAAGGUUCGCUCCCAGACCGAUCUCGCGACCACACAACCACGACAGAAAUAAACCCGGCUCCAAGCCAAGCCCAUGACUCGAGUGAUUCCCACCGAAAAAGCGAUGAUAGACUCGAGGCCCAGGCCGAUGCCGAACCAACCUGGCAGCCCCGAUUCGACCGCCGGCAGAGCUGGAGUACGCAGGACUACAAGCAUCAAUUGCAGGAACGACUUUUGAAUGUCGAGGAGAGUCGGGAGAGGGGGUUUACGGAGAACUAA